AUGGUCCAGCGCCACACUCCCUCUCUCACCACGCUCUACCCUGGCCUCCUCGGCGCUCUAAUCCUUAGCGCGAUCUCCGCUCCCACCAUCUUCGUCCCCUCCACCUUCCAGGAGGCUAUCACAUGCGCUGACGCUGACAAGUGGAUAGCCGCCAUCUUCCUGGAAUCGGAGCCACAGAGGCAGCGCCUGGAGAGGGGCCUGCCGGGGUGCGUCUUGUAUGCGGACGACCGCCGCCUGAGUGCAUCCUCGCUAAGAGCUGCUGGCAGUGACUCGUUUGAAGCGCAUGGGCGCGAGUUCCCGUACUGGCUCGCCACCAAGCUCAUCAACCGGCACUCGCCCUGGCUGGCAGGCACGAUUUCUCUUGUUUCCCGCGCUCACCAUCACGCUGUGCGCUCCCGCUUCACUCCUUGCUCCGCUGCUCCCCUCCAUCCCCUCCCUGUUCCUGCAUGGGCCACCCACAGGGCGUAUGCGCAGCGCCACGGGUACCGCUUUGUGGAGAUGGGCGAGGCGGACAAGGACCCAGGCAGACACCCCUCCUGGUUCAAGGUGCGUUUCUUACAGCGCCAGCUGUCUUGCUGCUGCGAGUGGGCGUUCUUCCUGGACUCAGACGCCUACUUCCGCAUGGACAACCACCGCCUGUCCAUUCAAAGCUGGGUGGAUCGACUGACUCUGCCUCACUACUUUGACUGGAUCGCCCGUGACUACAACAUCUCGCUGGCCAACCAGACCUGCUUCCCGCGCCCCCCCUCCUCCAUCUUCUCGCACUCACCUCCCGUCUGCCCCCCGUCACCUGUGGGGGCCGGGCAGGGUGGGGGAGAAGGCGAGGCAGGAGAGGGGGGGCAUUGGGGAGGUGGAGGAGGGGGGGAGGGGGAGAGCCGGGCGGCGGUGUGUGUGGUGGCCCCGCGGAACGAUGAUGAGGCGUCGGGGAUGGCGGAGGGGCGGGCGGGGGCGCUGUUCAACGGCAGUAUGGAGUAUGUGAAUGCGGGGGUCACACUCUGGAGGCGCUCCCCGCACUGCCUCAAGCUGCUCGCCAGCUGGCACGAGGAGCCGGCCAGGCAGUACCUGUGGAGGCGCAACUGGGAGCAGCCGAGGCUCAACGUGCUGCUCGCUAUGCCGCAGCACGUUGCCGACGUGGCAGUGGUGCCCUUCCGGGAGCUGACCGGGCACUCGGGACGCGCCAUCCGGCACCGCUGGCUCAACUCCAUCAUGACUGACGAGACGCGCAGUGACUUGGUCAAAGAUGCAUUGCUAGGCAGUUUCUUGACAAGUUACAUGUACAUGUUUUGA